GCGUUGAAAACUGACAACGAGAUUAAGAGUCUUCCGGGUCUUUCAAAUCCAAUAAAUUUCAAACAAUAUUCCGGUUAUUUAGAUAUCGGCGACGGAAAGCAUUUCUUCUAUUGGUUGACUGAGAGUCAGACGGCGCCGGAGAGCGCACCGGUAGUGUUGUGGUUGAAUGGAGGGCCCGGUUGUAGUUCACUGUUUGGAAACCUGAGAGAGAACGGACCCUUUCGAGUCAAUUCGGACGGAAAGACAUUGACAUUAAACCCGAGCUCUUGGAAUUCAGUGGCAAAUGUGGUUUACUUUGAAUCACCCGUUAGUGUCGGCUUCAGUUAUAAAGAGGACAAGAAGUAUAAUAAUACGGAUCAGUCGACAACAGUUGACAAUCAUUUAGCUCUCGAAGAGUUUUUCAAAAAAUACCCAAACCUUAUGAAAAAUCCGUUUUAUAUAACGGGUGAGAGUUAUGCCGGAAUUUAUAUACCAAUGUUAGCCAAAGAGAUAUUAAGUAGAAAUUCAUCAAUAAAUUUGAAAGGUGUUGCAAUUGGGAAUGGAUUUCUAGACUCGGGAACACUCGGUGGUCAACACAGCAGUGACUUAUUCUUAGGCCACGGAUUCAUUACAACUGAUUACUACGAGAAGAAAAUUGAAAAUUGUUGUCAAUGCAAAACAGGACAGUGUUCAUCGGUGCCAUACGAGGGAGGCUUUGCUCCCAACCCGUACAACAUAUACGACGAUUGCGAUCCCAGUUCUGCAUACAUAAGACUUUAUAACAAAUACUACGCAAAGAAAAGCAAUCGUCCGCCGAUUAUAGCGUCCAAUCGUGACAAAGACUGUCCACACAAUGGCUAUGAAGACUACUUGAAUGUACCCGAAGUAAGAAAGGCAUUGCACGUAAGACCUGAAGACACCCACGAGUGGUAUGAUUGUGGUGGCAGUUAUUCCGGGUCCGCCACCGAUCAGCACCAAACUGUUCACCAAUUAUUAGAUGUCUAUAAAAUUGGAAAACUAGUCAUAUUUAACGGGAAUUUUGAUUCGGUUUGCGAUCACAUCGCGAAUCAACGUUUUGUCGAUAGUUUGAAUCUACGAAAACUCAGUGAUUAUAGUUCGUGGGUAACACCGGACGGAACUAUUGGUGGUUUUGUACAGCACUAUGAAAAGGGAUUGAGUUAUGUGUUGGUUCGCGGGGCCGGACAUAUGGUUCCUCACGACAAACCCGAGGCCGCACUUCAGAUGCUUAAGAAUGUGAUCGGGAUUUCAAUCAAUAUUUGUAUAGCACUUAUACUAUACUUUUGUGUAGUAUUUGCUGCAAAUGAAGACGAGAUUAAGAGUCUUCCGGGACUUUCAGAUCCAAUAAAUUUCAAACAAUAUUCCGGUUAUUUAGAUAUCGGCGACGGAAAGCAUUACUUCUAUUGGUUGGCUGAGAGCCAGACGGCGCCGGAGAGCGCACCGGUAGUGUUGUGGUUGAAUGGAGGGCCCGGUUGUAGUUCACUGUUCGGAAACCUGGGAGAGAACGGACCUUUUCGAGUCAAUUCAGACGGAAAGACAUUGGCAUUAAACCCGAGCUCUUGGAAUUCAGUGGCAAAUGUUGUAUACUUUGAAUCACCCGUUAGUGUGGGCUUCAGUUAUAAAGAAGACAAACAAUACCACAAUACAGACGAGUCGACAGCAGUUGACAAUCAUUUAGCUCUCGAAGCGUUUUUUAAGAAAUUUCCGGAUUUAAAGAAAAAUCCAUUUUAUAUUUCUGGUGAAAGUUAUGCCGGAAUUUAUAUACCAAUGUUAGCGCAACAAAUAUUCAAAACCAAAUCUACUAUUAAUCUAAAAGGAGUAUUGAUAGGCAACGGAUACCUAGAUUUGGGAACACUCGGUGGUCAACACAGCACUGAUUUAAGAUUAGGUCACGGAUUGGUUACCACUGAUUACUACGAGCAGAAGAUUGAGAACUGCUGUGAAUGUAAGACCGGUGAAGUGAUGCACGCAUACGAUUUCAGCAAG